AUGCGAGGAGGCUCCAGCAGAGGGCGCCAUGCAGGUCUUGAAUUCACCUCCUCAUGUGUCCACAGGGAUCGCAUGGACCCGUUUUUCUACAAGUUCCAGUUCAAGAACGUGGAGUACUCCUCCGGCCGGAACAAAACCUUCUUGUGUUACAUGGUGGACCAGGGGCCCGGCUCCGGAGGGCUCCUCAGGGGCUUCAUCGAGGACGAGCACGCGAGCGGCCACGCCGAGGAGGCCUUCUUCCAGCAGGUCCUGCCCAACUACGACCCCGCCCUCAAAUACACCAUCACCUGGUACAUGUCGUCCAGCCCGUGCGCCGCCUGCGCCGCGAAGCUGGCCGAGAUCCUGAAGGCCAGGAAGAGCCUCCAUCUGUCCAUCUACUCCGCGCGGCUCUUCGAGUGGGAGGAGCCUGAGAUCCAGGCGGGGCUAAAGGCGCUGGCGGCCGCCGGCUGCAAACUGCGCGUGAUGAAGCCGCUGGAUUUCACCUACACCUGGAACACUUUCGUGGAGAACGACGAGCAGACGUUCACGCUUUGGGAGGACUGCCAGGAGAACUACGAGUACUACCAAGACAAACUGGCCGACAUCCUGCAGUGAUGUAAGA